CAAGAUGGUGGUCAGAAUAUUAGGAGAUGGUUUGUUGUUGUGUAAAUGAUAUAUAAAGAUUUGUAGGUAGAAAUCAGGCAAUUUGUAUAGUAAUAUUAUCAGCAAUAAUGCAUCAUCCCUCACGAGGUGGAGUGCGAGGUGGCAAGGAUCAGUUUGAAUGGGAAAGUGUAAAAACUGACAAACACCGAGAAAAUUAUUUAGGUCAUUCUGUAAUGGCACCUGUGGGAAGAUGGCAAAAAGGAAAAGAUUUGACUUGGUAUGCAAAAGACAAAGAAACAAAAGUCAAACAACAACAAACGGAACGAAAUAGAAUAAAACAGCUAGAAGAAGAAGCAAUGGCUGCAGCUCUUGGCUUUGGUACAGUAAAGAAAAAGACAUCUGCUCUGACAAAACAGGAAAUGGCUGAGACUUUAAAACGAGGUCAAACGGAAAGGGAUUCUGGGAAUGUCGAGAGAGUGGAAGGAAUGGGUUUUGGCAGUUCAAGAGCUGCAAUGAUGGACAGCGUUCGCCCAAAUGAUGGUUUUGUAAAAGAACCGGAAACACGAACUCGGCAACAAGUGAAGGCGAGUACACCAAGUACUGAAAAAGGUGACGAUGAAAAUAGAGAUGAACAGAAAAAAAGGAAGAAGAAAAAGAAACAUAAGGAGAGAAAGUCAAAAGAUUUUUCAAAAGACGAAAAACGAGAGAAAAAGAGGAGAGCAAGAAGAAAUGGGAGCGAAUCGGGCGAUGAUUGUUCCGUUGGCGAAACCUCGUCUCGGAAUAGAUACAAGGAAACAAACAAAAGCACGAAGCGAGAUGAAUCUAGAAACAGCGCGAGCGAAGAAGACAACAGAUCUAGAAGGAGAGAAAAAUAUGAGAAAAUCCCAAACGAACCUAUAAAACGCAAACGACGGCACGACAGUAGCUCUUCAAAUGAUGGGCGGCGAAGAUCAAGAGAAAGGGAAGAUGUUGUGAAUCGCCACAGACGAAGAAGACACGAUAGUGAUUGAUGCUUCAAGGACUGUCAUAAUCGGUUGGUCUGGGACCAGCUGCAUAAGAAAAUUUAGAAAAUCGGCCCGCGCUAUUCACCACUAUUCACAGUAACGGAAAAGAUGGCGGAUACAUUUCAACCUCAAUAACAAUGUUUCCUGGCGAAAACAGACCUUACCGUUUUUCUACCUCAGAUAUUCACUUUUUUAUGCUUUUUAGGUUUAAGAUCUUACUUGUUAUAGGGAGUGUGAGAAAAAUGAAAUUCAAAUUCCUAAAGGAAAUAUACAAUUUUAAUCUCAUGGGGGAAUCUCAUGAUAAACUGCCAAACAUAAAAACGAGGCCAUUGGGUCGAAAGAUCCGUAAAAAAUGUAUACAAUUUUACGUCAUUACAAUCGUUGCUUGUAAUCUUUGCAUUUAUUCUUCAUUCUGUAUAGUAAAAUGUAGAUGUAAAUAAGAAGUUAAAUAAUGACAUAAUAACGAUUAAAAUCG